CCGAACUGGCCGCUGCGCUCCGCGGUCUCGUGCGCCCGCUCCGCCCGCUCCGCCCGCCUCCUCCGACUCGCGCUCCCGCCCCACACGACUCCACGCGUGACAAGUGCCGCGAUCUUAGUGCGCUGCACAAAGUGCCCUGCUGCGCCAGUGCGAUAGAGAGAGUGAGUGAGUGCUGUGUGUACGCCCGUGGCCCCCGGUGGAUGUGUCACUAGGGAGGAGGGACUUCCCCUUUACAAGAUCCAGGACCACGUACCGUAAACACAGCGGCGCCACCAUGCUGCCGUCGUUAGCCAUCGUCUUGGCUUCCCUGUGCGCGGUGGCGCGGGCGCGGUUCGGCGGUGCUCUGGGCGGCUACAACCUGGCCCAGACCUCGCAGUACCACAUCCAGACGGACGAGGGCCCGGAGCGAUACUUCCGCUACCAGACGGACAGCGGCCAGUACCGCAAAGAGAAGCGCCUUGAGGACGGCACGGUCGUGGGGACCUACGGCUGGGUGGACGCGGACGGCUACCUGCGCCUGCGCGACUACGUCGCCGACAACCAGGGCUACCGCAUCGUGCGCACCAAGAAGAUGUGGGUGGGCGACGAGCCCAUCGGACGCGCCGUGGCCUCGGCCAAGUACGCGCCCAGCCAGGGCGGCGUCGGCGUGGCCAACGCCAUCAUCCCCAACCCGACGCCCAGCCCCUACGACGUGGUGUACCAGCCCGGCCAGAGCGUCGCGCCCCCCGAGACGGUGUACGUGACGCCGCCCUCGCCCUACGGCGUGCGCGUGUCCACGCCGGCCGCGUACCUGCCCCCCGCCACCUCCUACCUCCCGCCCUACAGCUCCACGCCCCGUCCGUACUACCCGUCCUCCACGCCCGCCGUCUCUUUGGUGAGCUCCACGCCCCGCCCAUACUACCCGACCUCCACGCCCGCCGUGGUCAGCUCCACGCCCCGCCCGUACUACCCCUCCACGCCCGCCGUCUCGGUGGUCAGCUCCACGCCCAGGCCGGUGGUGGUGUCCUCCACACCCCGCCCCUACUACCCU